AUGAUCCAAAAGCCUUGUUUAGAGGACACCUUAAAAUAAAAAUGGAGUGACAAAUAUGAAAAAUCAAGAGAUCUAUUUCGAUCCACUUUAAAAUUCAUCCACACCAAACCCAUCUUACCAUUCAAGGCCUACUUUAAUUUACAAUUAAUUGAAAACAAAGUGCCCACUCAAAUCAGAGAUCCUGAAACAGAAUUGAUUGGAGAAUUCAAUGAAGAUGACGUUAACUUUCUUAAUGUGGAAUAAAAAGAGAUCCUGUUUCGAGUAGAUAUCUCUACAGGGGAAAUAGUGGAUGACGAAAACAAUAUGAAUGAAAAUAACGACAACCCGAUCCUCGUUAACACAGCACCCAUAUGCUCAUAUCAUUCAAUUGUCGUCCCAUUUUUGAAUUCCAAAUUUCAAUAACUUCUUAGCGGAUUCAUAGCUGAAAGUGUAUUCAUCCUUUUCAAGAUAUCCCAAUCCCCUCAUUUGAGAAUAGGAUAUAAUAGCAAAUUAGCCAAUUGUUCUAUCAAUCAUUUGCAUUUGCAUCUUAUUUAUGUGGAUCAACUUUUUGAUAACAAUCGAUUCCCAGUUGAAGAAUUCCCCAUCAAACCCUUGGCCACCAUCAAAAAUGCAACACUUGGAGAAGUUGAAAAUUAUCCCAUAAGAACCCUGGUGAUAACAGGAGAAAACAUCAUAGAAUUGUUAUCUCUAACCAUAGACACACUUUUGGCUCAUGAAAUACCACACAAUAUCAUGUUCGUUAGUCCACAAUUGGCAUACAUCUUCCCUAGGAGAAAUCAAUUUGAUUUCAUUCAUGAACACGGAAUGAAACCAGCCUAUGCUGAACUUUGUGGUUUGAUGAUCUGUAGAAGCAAAAAGUAUUUCGAGGAAUUGACACUUCAAGAAAUUGAAGCCAAAUUGUCAGAAUUGACUCAUCCUCUAUUUGAUAACGUAGUCUAAGAUUUAGUGAUGUUAUCGGCUGAAUGA